AUGGGCCGCUUUCGCACCAAAACCGUGAAGAAGGCGGCCGGGGUUAUCAUUGAGAAAUACUACACGCGCCUGGGUAAUGAUUUCCACACCAACAAGCGCGUGUGCGAGGAGAUCGCCAUUAUUCACAGCAAGAAACUCCGGAACAAGAUAGCAGGCUAUGUCAUACAUCUGAUGAAGCGGAUUCAGAGAGAGCCUUGGAGAGGGGGCCUCGCGCGCGCGGCACAGGUGUCCGGGUGGCACGCCGGGGCCCCCGCGGGCGGUGGUGGGGCGCGCGCCUGUGCGCGGGGGCUGGGGCCCGAGGGGAGGUUCCCGCGAGGUGGUGCUCGGGCUCCUCCUCGGCGCCUCAGGUUUCCUCUCCCCGCCCGCCGCCCUGGCCCCGCCGGCUGGUGGCUGCGACGCCGCCUCCCUCCCUCCCUCUCCCGCGGCUGGGCCCUCGCUCCGGCCUCUGCCCUCCUGGCCCCGCCCGGGCCUCCUCCCGCGAUCUCGCUCCGCUUCCCCUCGAGCCUCCGGGGAGCCCGGUGCCGCGGGGCGCCCGAGAAGAUGGCGGCGCUGGACCCCGACGAGGUCACCGCGCGGCUGCAGCGGAUGCGGCGCGAGCUGAGCAAUCGCAGGAAAAUCCUGGUGAAGAACCUGCCCCAGGACAGCAGCUGCCAGGAAGUUCAUGAUUUGUUACAAGACUAUGAGUUAAAGUAUUGUUAUGUGGACAGAAAUAAACGAACAGCUUUUGUUACCUUAUUGAAUGGGGAGCAAGCUCAGAAGGCAAUUCAGAUGUUUCAUCAGUUCUCCUUUCGAGGAAAGGAUUUAGUAGUUCAGCUGCAGCCCACCGAUGCCUUGCUGUGCAUUACCAACCUGCCCAGUUCUUUUACAUUAGAGGAGUUCGAAGAACUUGUCCGUGCUUAUGGAAAUAUUGAAAGAUGUUUCCUGGUCUACAAUGAAGUUACUGGCCACUCCAAGGGCUAUGGAUUUGUGGAAUACAUGAAAAAAGACUUUGCUGCAAAGGCUAGAUUGGAGCUAUUGGGUAAACAGUUGGGAGCGUCUGCUCUCUUUGCACAGUGGAUGGAUGUGAAUCUGUUGGCCUCAGAGCUCAUUCAUUCCAAGUGCCUUUGUAUAGAUAAACUCCCUAGUGACUACAGAGAUUCAGAGGAGCUGUUGCACUUUUUUUCCAGUAUCCAUAAGCCUGUGUUUUGCCAGCUUGCACAGGAUGAAGGUAAUUACGUUGGUGGCUUUGCCGUGGUUGAAUAUAACACAGCAGAGCAUGCUGAAGAAGUUCAGCAAGCAGCAGAUGGCAUGACCAUCAAGGGAAACAAAGUCCAGGUGUCCUUCUGUGCCCCAGGAGCACCGGGGCGGAGCACGUUAGCAGCAUUGAUAGCAGCUCAACGUGUGAUGCACAGUAGUCAAAAGGGCUUACUUCCAGAGCCCAAUCCAGUACAAAUUAUGAAAAGUUUAAACAACCCUGCCAUGUUACAAGUUCUUCUGCAACCCCAGCUAUGCGGACGAGCUGUUAAACCAGCAGUUCUUGGAACACCUCACAGCUUGCCACAUCUGAUGAAUCCAUCCAUCUCCCCCGCAUUUUUACAUUUGAAUAAAGCACACCAGAAUCUUUCUCAUGUACCAUUGGCCCAGAAGCAGUUAAUGAAGUUUGAGAAUGUCCAUACUAAUAAUAAACCUGGCUUACUCGGGGAGCCCCCAGCAAUGGUCCUUCAGGCUGCACUUGGCAUAGGGUCAGCACUACCUUUGAAAACGGAGUUGGCGCACCAUGGAGAAGCACAUAAAACGUCUAGUCUGAUUCCAACUCAAACAACUGUAACAGCUGGAAUGGGCAUUCUACCGUUCUUUCCAAAUCAGCUCAUUGCCGGACAAGCUGGGCCAGGGCACAGUAAUGCUCAGGAGAAGCAGUCAGCCACAGUGGGAAUGACGGAAGGCGCGCUCUCAGGGCCCCAGGCUUAUCUGCAGAGCUUUCCAAACCUUGGCGCCGGAGGCUUGCUGACUGGACACUACAAACAGCCGCAGAGUCAACCAAAAGGCACUGAAAUCAGUUCAGGGGCUGCCUCUAAAAACCAGACUUCACUCUUAGGAGAACCACCAAAAGAAAUUCGGCUCAGCAAAAAUCCAUACUUGAACCUGGCGAGUGUGCUGCCCAGCGUGUGCUUAUCAUCCCCUGCAAGUAAAACCACUCUGCAGAAGACGGGAAUUACGGGCAACAUUCUGGAUGCAAUCUCUCAGGGAAAUGAAACGCAGCAUGCAUUGGAAAAGUGCAUUGCGUAUUCCCAGCCUUUUGGUGACUAUGCACAGGUGUCAUCAUUAAGAAAUGAAAAGCGAGGCUCAUCCUAUCUUAUCUCUGCCCCAGAAGGCAGUUCGGUUGAACUUGUUGACCAACAUUCUCAGGGCACAGGAGCAUAUUACAUGGAAACCUACUUAAAGAAGAAGCGAGUGUACUGA